GAGAUUACUCUAGAUAGGAAUCUCUCCCAGCAUACUGACCACUGCCAGAGCCAGAGAGAGGAGAUUACUCUAGAUAUGAAUCUCUCCCAGCAUACUGACCACUGCCAGAGCCAGAGAGAGGAGAUUACUCUAGAUAUGAAUCUCUCCCCGCAUACUGACCACUGCCAGAGCCCGAGAGAGGAGAUCACUCUAGAUAGGAAUCUCUCCCAUCAUACUGACCACUGCCAGAGAGAGGAGAUUACUCUAGAUAUGAAUCUCUCCCAGCAUACUGACCACUGCCAGAGCCAGAGAGAGGAGAUUACUCUAGAUAUGAAUCGCUCCCAGCAUACUGACCACUGCCAGAGCCAGAGAGAGGAUAUAACUCUAGAUAGGAAUCUCUCCCAGCAGACUGACCACUGCCAGAGAGAGGAGAUAACUCUAGAUAUGAAUCUCUCCCAUCAUACUGACCACUGCCAGAGCCAGAGAGAGGAGAUUACUCUAGAUAUGAAUCGCACCCAGCAUACUGACCACUGCCAGAGCCAGAGAGAGGAGAUAACUCUAGAUAGGAAUCUCUCCCAGCAUACUGACCACUACCAGAGCCAGAGAGAGGAGAUAACUCUAGAUAUGAAUCUCUCCCAGCAUACUGACCACUGCCAGAGCCAGAGAGAGGAGAUAACUCUAGAUAGGAAUCUCUCCCAGCAGACUGACCACUGCCAGAGAGAGGAGAUAACUCUAGGUAUGAAUCUCUCCCAUCAUACUGACCACUGCCAGAGCCAGAGAGAGGAGAUAACUCUAGAUAGGAAUCUCUCCCAGCAUACUGACCACUGCCAGAGCCAGAGAGAGGAGAUUACUCUAGAUAGGAAUCUCUCCCAGCAUACUGACCACUGCCAGAGAGAGGAGAUCACUCUAGAUAUGAAUCUCUCCCAGCAUACUGACCACUGCCAGAGCCAGAGAGAGGAGAUCACUCUAACUCAAGAGGGGCAUCUUUCCCAGCAUACUGACCACACAGACGAAGCAGGGUUCAAUCUAGGUGAAUAUUUCAAUUUUAAUCCAACAACGAGUGCUGACAGAUACCAACACAAUAACACUAUCUGGGCAGAGGAAACCAGUCAAAACCCUGACCAGAAUACAUGUCCUGAAGCCUUAGUGCCGCUAGCUGGAUUGGAUGCCAUAAGAAACAGCAUCUCCACCGAUAAGUCAAAGGUCACCCUCACCCACCGACCUGCUAGGCCAGAGAUUGACCCCAUAGACAAGACCAGAUCUGCGGUAGAGGUUGACCUGAGCAAAAUGGACCAGGAUGACACCUGCUGUACCCUUAUAGACAACGUCUCACUUGUUGAACACCUGUCCCUGUCCAAAGCACCUGUCCCUUUGGAAACCACUGACGUUGUGGAUGCCUGUGUGGCUGGGACAUCAUCUCCAUAUAUUGAUGAUCAGUGUAAGCUAGACAAUGGUCUCCUGUCGAAGGAAGACAUGGAGGAGCAGUGUAGCGUGUCUCUUCUUCCGCCUCAUUCAGACGCUACAACAACAACACACCUGGAUGUCACAAGACAAGCUUCCAUUGUUGACGAGAAGCAGACACAACCAGUAGAGGCACCAUCAGCGAUGGAGGAUGAUAAUGAUGAAUAUCUUGGCUCUUGCAACACUAGCUCACCAUCCCUCCUAGUGGCUGAGGAGCUCCACGGCCCUGUGGGGAUAUCAGAAUGUACAGAGACCAAUAUCGAUACACUGUUUAUGCAGAGAGCAAGUCAAAUCCCCAAAGCUUCUUCCAUUGGAUCAGAUGUUGGUUUAAAAGCCAACCUGCUAAAAUGCACUGGUCUCGAUCUCCAGCUGAUUGGAGACAGACUGGACAAAGAGACCACGGCUGCUGUGACCGAUAGAGAUGGUGAGAGAUGUCAUAUUGAUGGUGGACGUGAGGGAGGCUCUGUAACACACAGAGUGUCUAGAGACCCGGAUGCUUCUACUGACAAGACUUUGUCUUCCGACAAUAAAGACAAUAGUGCUGACUCUGACAUCACCAUGGUCUCUGAGCUGGACCAAGCAGAGACAAAGAACAAUGAUCUGGGACAAGUUGAAAAGGAGGAGGUGGCGAAAGCUCAUGUUCAACUUGAUUCAGAAGCGACAAUUGGUUCCGUCCAAGAUCAGGUGAGAGGAGUAGAAAACCAAACCCUGGGGACUGAAGUUGAGACUUUAGAUACAUUAAUAGAUUACUCUGAGGCGUGUGAGAAUAAUGGUAAUGGAUAUACCACUACUGUAAUGGAAGACUCCACUAGCCUGUUACCCGCUUUAGAUGACUGCCAAGCUAAAGACGGUGUGAAGGAAGAUGAACCAGAGAUGAACACUAUGCAAAGUGAUACGGGCAGCGCCAAACACCACAACAGCUGUAGUCAACACAAGAGGAAAGCCAAGAGCAGUAGAGCCAGACCUGGCAAGAGGCAGGCCAAGCUGUUGUUGAAGCCAAAGCCAAACCCUUGGGCAUCGCAAAACACAAGUACUAGUUACACAACAGGUGGUGCUGAUACCUCGUCUAGUUCAGUAGGUCCCAUGCCUGGCACAAAGAUUCCCUUGAGGAAUCUACACAAGAGAAACAGUAUGGGAGAGAGCCACCUUCACCUGGCAUGCAAGAAAGGAGACCUGGCUCUAGUGAGAGGCCUUCUGGAAGCAGGCCUAAAUGUCAAUCAGAUAGAUCACGCAGGCUGGACGGCGCUGCAUGAGGCCAGUGCUGCAGGCUCCGAGGCUGUGGUCAAGGAGCUACUGCAGGCUGGGGCUGAUGUUACCAGUAGAGGUCUGGAGGGCCUCACUCCUCUACAUGAUGCUGCUGCCUCAGGACACUGCAAAGUAGUGCAGCUCCUUCUUCAGUAUGGCGCAAACCCGCAAGACAAAAACGCUCUGGGCCAGACCGCCGUGGACCUAGCCUGCCACGACGACAUCAAACAACUCCUCUCCACAUCCCCAGGACCGUUUGUCCAACGAAGUUCCGCGCCCUCUGAGAGGCCCUCUGAGCGUUGUGGUGUCUCUAGGUCUGGGUCUGAGGGUCGCAGCAGAAGGAAGCCAGCUGGCCGAGCACGUCUCUGCUGUGAAGGCGACUGGGAAAGGCACAAAGCCAGACACACAGGUGUCAGGGAUACAGACAGAGACGGAGAACGAGACAGGCAGCCUGGUGACAUUCAGCCCAGACAGAAAGACAGCACCACUGAGACACUGCAUCCCUCUGAAGCUAUCACUACGGCUCUGGAGGAUGUGGAGCGAAAACAAGAGGAAAUGUCAACCUGGAAAUUAAAUAAUUCAGAGGAUGCAAGUAUAGCAGCUGAAGACAAAUUGACGAUGGCGCUAUCAGAGAUCCAGAGUGUUCUGAAUGUUGUGCUGGAGAAACAGCAGGCGGAGAAAGAUGACCUCACCAAGAAGUACAGGAUAGCGUCAGACUCGUUCCGGCAGGGAGUGCUGCGUAGUCAGCUGACUUCGUUGGCGUCGCGUCAGAAGAGGCUGCUGGGUAUCCUCCAGAAGCAAAGCAACUUCAAGCUCCAGCUCCGCACCUGGAAGGGCCCGACCCUGACUCAGCACUCCCAGACAGGGAGAGAUCAGAACAUCUCCCACUCAUCAACCACCACUUCCAGCCCUGCUCCCUCAGAAAGGAGCCUCGCAGGCAACCAGGAGGGGAGCCACGCUUCCCCCUUGUUCAGCUCUACUGGUAGUCACGACAACCGAGACAAACAAGAAGGUAGUAGCCAGACAUCUCAGGUAGCGCCGCCUCGAACACAUCCAACACAACACCGGGAUGACAACAACAAAAACAACACUACCUUUCCAUCACAACAAGGAAACAGAAACAGCAAACCACAACAUGGAAACACCCCUGACAUGGGAAGCAAUGUGUUACAACAAGGGACGGCCAGUGAUGGAGAAGAGAACAGGAAGUUGAUCAGCCUCAUCAAGAGAGGGGUCAUCACACCAGGAGAGGAUGUACUACAGCUGAUGUGGAGGGGCUGUGUCCACCAGGCGUCUCUGCUUCUAGAAGGCUGGAUCAGAGACAGCGUCACGGGCAGAGAGUUCCAGGCCCCAGAGCUCUGGGUAGCAGCUAUCCUGGGAAACAACAUCCCUGUUUCCUCAGCCUACGCCUGGGACAAGGUGAUGUACAGAGACAGGUCUCUGUCUGGUUACUUACUGGGUGUAGUGGACGUGACAGCCCCAGCAGCAGCAUCACAGAAGCCUGCCGAAUCCACACACCAUGAUGGCUCCUCUGCUCAGCCUCAGGAUGUCCCCUCUGCAGGGGCACCUCUCUCAGAGUCAUCGGCAGUACUCAGAAAUAUAAUGCAAAUCAAGUCGAUCAGAUUAAUUGGUGAUGAGGAGUUUGUGCCCCAUCAUAUAAUGGACCGCUACUGGGACAGUCUUACACAGACACACACUGACGACUGGCUGUUUUAAACUCUUUAUUCCCCAUGGAGACACUGAAGACUCAUAUUAAUGUGUGAUUCACUGUUAUCAAUGUUAUUAUUCAAGAUGUACAAGUGGGUGUUUUUAGAGUUAACUCUUUAUCCCACAAAGAGAACUGAACACUCUAGGGCAACUGAUGUUAUAAUUAAGCGAUAAGGCACGAGGGGGCGUGUUAUAUGGCCAAUAUACCGAGGCUCGGGGCUGGUCUUAUGCACGACGCAAUGAAGAGUGCCUGGACACACCCCUUAGCCGCCAUAUACCACAAACCCCGAGGUGCCUUAUUGCUAUUAUAAACUGGUUACCAAUGUAAUUAGAGCAGUUAAAAGUAGAUGUUUUGUCAUACGGUCUGAUAUACCACGUCUAUCAGCCAAUCAGCAUUCAGGGCUCGAACUACCCAGUUUAUAAUAACCCUUAUGUUACACUAAUGUUAUAAUGUAAUGUUUUAAAAAUUGACUGUUAUUUGAACACUUAUCAAUGUUAUGAUUUAUUGAUAUUCAAGCCUAUCAAAGUGGUUCUAUGACGUCACCUUUAUAUGUUAAUUUGUUCUUCCCACAGUUGUGUUUUUCUCCCAAGUGUUGUUGUUGUGAAGCCUAAUUGGUUGUUGUGAAGCCUAAUUGGUUGUUGUGAAGCCUAAUUGGUUAUUGUGAAGCCUAAUUGGUUAUUGUGAAGCCUAAUUGGUUAUUGUGAAGCCUAAUUGGUUAUUGUGAAGCCUAAUUGGUUAUUGUGAAGCCUAAUUGGUUGUUGUGAAGCCUAAUUGGUUGUUGUGAAGCCUAAUUGGUUAUUGUGAAGCCUAAUUGGUUGUUGUGAAGCCUAAUUGGUUAUUGUGAAGCCUUAUUGGUUAUUGUUUUAAAGUGUAAAGUAAUUCCAUUAUUAUUGGACUUUAUCUAGACGGCCACAAUUACAGCAAGUUUUAUUUUCUUAAGUAAACCAUAAUUGGAUAUUAUGUUAUUGUUAAUUGACAGUGAAAAAAAAAAUAUAUAUAUAUCUAUAAAGUGUUUAAUAAAGAAAAUUAAGUAAUUGUU